AUGCCUGUCCGCUGUGCUCUUGCAUGUCUGCAGAUCAUGGCAACGGUUCCUGCCGCCAUGAUCCUUUACGAGAGGGGUCUACUGGUGCGCAUGCUGCUGUCACACACCGCGGGGCUGAGGGAGUUCCACCCCUUCUUCGCCCUGCAGCUCUCCACUCGCCAGCAGGUGAUUGACUUUAUAAUGGCAGACCAUCUCUGGUACCCCCCUAUAGUCACAACUCGCUACAGCGACCUCUCCAUGAUCGUGCUCGCGCUCGUCAUCGAGCGAAUCACAGGCUGCCACCUCAGCACGUUCGUGCACCGGGAGAUCUUCAGCCGGCUGGGCAUGACUAGUACGGCGUUCCGACCAAUCCCGGGGCAGCACGAGCACGGCAGCACACUCCGACCAAUCACAGGGCAGCACGUCAGCAUGCGGGAUGCAGGAGGCGUGGAUCCGCGUGUGGUCCCCACGGAAGUGGAUUCAUUGCAUCGCAAGAAGCUUCUGUGGGGGGAAGGGGGCACGGACCCAACCACGGGGCGUCAGCUCGUGUCAUCACGCACUCUCCGCCUCUUCACCACUCCGCCCCCUCCUUCUGACCACAACCCUCGACCCUUUGCCCUCGGCUGGGACGUGGCAAUUAGAAGGGGCAAGGAUGGGUACACAUCAGCGGGUAGAUUCAUGGGGCCACGUACCUUCGGCCACACGGGCUUUACUGGCACGUCCCUGUGGAUAGACCCUGAUCGCAACAUCUUUGUGGCUCUGCUCUCCAAUGCCGUGCACCCCUCCGUGGACACCCCUUCGUCCCUCACUGUUCGCGACGUGCGUCCUCUCGUAGCCAACGCUGCUGUCACCACGCUGGGCCAACUGGGCCUUCCUCGACGCUCACUUACAUGGCACCUCGGCCGACAGACAGGCGUGCAGGCAGAUGUAGAGACAGGCACACAGACAGGCGUUGAGAGUGGUGACGAUGCACAGACAGCAGAUGGCUCAACACGGCACCUGCAGCGGAAGCAUCCCAUGCAGUCUCGAGGUCUGUUGCAGCUGCUGUUGAAGGCAGGAGCAGCAGGGGAGGCAGGGGUUCGGAAGGAGCAAGGUUAG